UGUUUUGAUGAUGGAUGAACUUGAUUUGUUAGUGACGAAAAAUCAAAGAGUUAUGUAUAAUUUAUUCAAUUGGCCGAGCUUACCGAAUUCGCGGCUAGUAGUAAUCGCUGUGGCCAACACGAUGGAUCUUCCCGAGAGAAUAUUGACUAACCGAGUGUCAAGUAGAUUGGGUCUUAAUCGUGUUAAUUUCCAACCAUACGCGUUCCAGCAGUUGAUGAUAGUCGUUCAAUCUCGAUUGAAAGGUAUGGGUGUAUUCAAUAAAGAUGCAAUUGAAUAUGCGGCAAGAAAGGUUAGCGCUGUAUCUGGAGAUGCAAGGAGAGCAUUAGAGAUCUGCAGACGUGCUGUCGAGAUAAUAGAAUCCAAGAAGACGUUACCGGAACACUCUAAAUCUAAUGCGCAAGUGACAAUCAAUAUCAUUGAGCAGGUAGUAAAGGAAAUGUCGUCAUCACCGACGAUCGCAUUCGUUAGUAAUGCGUCCAUACAUCAGAAGAUAUUCUUAUGGUCAUUACUACAACGCACACGAGUCACAGGGUUGGCUGAAGUCGAACUUGGCGAG